AUGUCGUCAGAGGAUAAAGACAUGGAACUCGCUUUGAAGCGUUUCUUCUCCUCCCCACGCUUCGCUGUGGCGGGGGCAAGCACCGACACAAGCAAAUAUGGCUACAAGUUGCUCGCCUGGUACCACCAGCACUCGCUGCCAGUCACCCCGCUCAACCCCAAAUCUCCCGAGAUCAAUCUGCCCUCCAAGGCCUAUCCCGCCGUGAAAUCGCCCUCUGAGCUUUCUUCCCCAGCGCAAACCUCGCUGUCAAUCGUGACCCCGCCCAAGGUGACCCGCGAGCUUCUGAAGGAGGCCCAUGCUCUGAACAUGCCCGCCGUGUGGCUGCAGCCAGGGACGUUUGAUGACGAGAUCCUCGAGUAUGCGAAGAAGAAUUUCAAGGCGGCGAUCGGGGGCGCAGGCGGGAAUGGAGAUGAGGGGUGGUGUGUGCUGAUGGACGGUGAGGAUGGUUUGGCGGCUGCAGGCGUGGAAUGGACGGUGCAGAAGCUGUAG